AUGGAGUCAAUCCAUAAGACAUAUGCACAUUCUAUUCAACCGGUGCCUAGUCAGGAAUUUUGGACACGGAGUGAGUAUUCAAGACCAGAUCCUCCCAUCAUAAAGAGACCAAUAGGCAGACCAAAGGUACACAACAAACAAAAGGGUCUGGCUGAACCAAUGAUGCAGCAUGGUGCCAAGCUGAAGAGAUCCUUUAAGGUAACUUGCAGUAAAUGUGGCUCAGAGGGACAUAAUUACAAGACAUGCAAGGGUGCUCCAUCUAACCCCAACUGGAAAGUUAAGACCAAGAAGUCCAAGAAAGGUGGAAAAAGUCAGUCACUAGUUGUCUUUCCACUAUCACAGAAUGCACCAAAAGAUGAUGAUGCCCCUAACACCCAAAGUGCUGCAUCUAGCCAGGCUGCAUCUAGCCAGGCUCCACAUGUUUCAAGUGCUGUGGUAGCAACACCAAGUCCUGUAACACCAGCUCCCGUGUCAGACCAACUCCAGCCAGGUUGUGUAACUAGAGGUACACCAUUUAGGCCUCCACUUCAAGUUCCAUCCACAGCUCACCAAACAGUUCAACCAAAAACUUCAAAGAUCAGGCCCAAACAGAAGAUAUUCAGGCUACCUGCCCCCACUUUGUCCCAAUUCACUCCCACCUCCAAGUCAGCCUGCACCUCCACAACCUCAACCACAAGGUGCUACACAUGGCCCACAACCAUCUCAAGUCAGGCCAGGACCGAGUACAGCAGCUUCCAAGGAGACAUUGGUAGCAGCAAGCACAGCAACAACAAGACUGUUCAAAUUCAUUCCUAA